AUGGCCGACGACACACGGAAGACCAGUCAUUCCCGAAUUUACGACGGAGCUCCUUAUUUGCUGCCCUCAACCUUCUCGCCUUGGCGCAGUGACGACCAGAUAGAUGAGGACUACGAUGACGGGGAGUCCUCCGAUUCCAGCAACACGACUAUCUCAGCAAUAGGAGCAAUGAAAAUGUUCGAGGCCGGCACGUCGCGCAUAGGCGACGCUGUAAGUCCGACGUCAGUAAAACGAGUGUCCGAGGUCGUUCACACGGCCGGUCCUGUUAAGAUAGUCUCACCCUUAUCACCGCCGGCCCAUCGCUCGUGGACGACACCACAGGUCAUUGUCUCGGCCCCGUCGAACACAAGCCUGCCUAUGAUGCCCGCUUCCAGCGCUGCGCCGCCAGCUCCACGGCAGACCAAGUUCCGCGAGAUGCUAAAAAGAUCCCUAACACCGCGGCGGGAGAAGGGGGGAGUUGCUGAUGAUGCGAGAGAUGCGCCGGAUCCAAGGCCGCAUUCCCGCGCCGAGUCGUAUCCCAUGACUUCGGUAGACACGCUUCAACCCUCGACAGACGACCGGAGCAGCGAAGAGGAAGACAACGAUGACCUCUCCAUACGAUAUGCCCAACCUCCCGUGGACUGUCAUUCGAGGAGAGAUGUUCAUAUCAAGCGCUGGAGUUGGUUAUACGUCACGCUGAUGAUUUCGUCUAUAUAUUCGACCGGUCUCUCGGGCGUCUGGCUCGUUACUUCUAUUUACCAACCGCGAUAUGGCCAGGGUAUAUCAUCAGGCGCUCAUUGGCAGCUUGCACCCUCGACGGCGACAUUGCUCUGCACCCUAGCCGCCAAGACUAUCGAGUUGUCCUUCGUCACCGUCUUCGUGGCAGUCCUCGGCCAGGUCAUUACGAGAAGGGCAUUCAUCAAGAAAUCUCGGGGCGUAACCCUGGCAGAAUUGACCAUGAGAAACUGGGUCAUCCAACCAGGAUCCAUGAUCACGAACUGGGAAAACAUACCCCAUGGUGCCACGUCGGUUAUGGGCGUCUUGACCUUGAUAGCCACCCUGUGUGCUCUGUUCUACACCACGGCCUCGGAUGCCAUGGUCAGUCCGAAGCUCAAAUGGGGAUCGUGGGACUCGCAGGAACUGCAAGGGCUAGUGAGAGCAUCUUAUGCCAAUCCUUAUUUCAUUAGCGACACUUGUAAAACACCGAUUGACACGAAGCUCGACCUGCCAUAUUCUGCCGAGUCCUGUCUUGGUGUGCAAUACUCCGGCCAAUCUUAUCAUAACCUCAUUGCUUUCAUGACCGAAUGGGAGGCCAUUCACUCAAACGGCAACUCGACAAUGGAUGAGAUCAGCAAGCGGCCGACGGGCAAGCACAGCCUCUUCGACAACACCACCCUAGAAUCCUCAUGGAUCGAGGCGGAGUACAGCGACCCGGCCGCGAACUUCGCCGCGCACGACCGCGUCAUCAACAACGUGACGCUGGCAAUGCCGCACCCGGGCGUCUACGCGGCCGCCACCGACUCCAAGAACGGCAUCCUGCAGCCGAACGACCUGAACGGCGUGGGCGAGUACUCGAUCCUCGCCAGCGUCGUGUCGCCCACGGUCAACGUCAUGUGCGUCAACAUGAACGCCGACGAGCUGGCGCCGCUGGUCUACACGACGUGGCCGGACGCGCGCAACGACGACACGGAGAUCCCCGGCCAGCAGAGGGGCGCCGACGACUGGUACGAGGACGUGCCGGUGGUGGCGGAUACGGAGUGGCUCAACGGCACCGCGGUCGACGAUGUGUUUCGCUGGGGCGAGAAGUAUGGACGUCGGCCGCCUGUCUUUCAACUCUACCCGAUCGACUACAACAUGAUCGCCAACGCGACCGUCUACAUGGGCGACGCAAUCUACCUGCUCUCGAAAGCCAACACGACCGCGACCGACGACUACUCGCUCUGCGAGCUGCGGUCCUGGGUGACGCCCAAGUGCUCCACGCACUUCGACAUCUCGGGCAUAUCCGGCGGCAAGAUGAAGGCGCACUGCGAAGACGCCAGCGACCCAGACUCGUACGCGCUGACCGACCCCUCCGCCGCCCAGUCCCCGCUCGAAGCCUCCGGCGACUGGAAGAACGUGGCCCAGCUCUGGGCGCUCAGCAUCAACCUCAACGCGGGCACCGAGAACAGCAACGCCAGCAACGCGCGCAUCCUGACGGACCUGAUCCUCAACAGCCCACGCCUCGACCCGCUGCUCCCCAGCAUGGCCGAGGCGCUCGCCGUGCUCGCGUCUAGUAGUAUCGUGUCCGGGUCGCUGCAGACCACGUACCGCGCCAAGUGGCCGCACGGCGACGUCAUGCAGCUCGACCCCGGCGUGUACGAGACCUUCCGCGCGCACGUGCGCACGCAGCAGUACGCCAGCGCGCACUCGGCGGGCUGGCAGGGCGUUUUCUACCCCGUGCUGGCCGGCGUGUUCCUGCUGAACGUGCUUUGUCUGGCCUACCUCGCCUCCGGGGGCGGCGGGUGCUGCUUCACAGGCGGCAGUCGUGGUAGUAGUCGUAAUCAUAACAACAAUAACCGGAACGGGCUUAAAGGCAACCAUCACCCCCUCGGAGGAGAACGCCACCAAACCACCAACGCAGACGACUCCCGCGCCGGCGGCCUGGUGACGGACUACACGGAACCCCAGAAGCUGUUCGCGCUCGCCAUCAACUCGCCGCCGUCGCGCGCGCUGGCCGGGUCGUGCGGCCACGGGCCGGACGCGCUGGAGAUGGUCGUGCCGUUCCGCGUCGGCUAUGCGUCCGGGUCGAACCACUAUUUUUUUGAAGAAGCGGCCGAUCGGUUUGCGGGCAAGAAUAACGGGCUGAAUGUGGAAGGGGGGUUUGGGAAUAAUGUGGAUGUGGAAGGGGGAUACAAUGGGAGGCGUACUGGGAGGCGGAAUAGGAUGCCCAGUAGUCAGACGUUCAAUAGUGGCACGGAGCUCCUCGCCGAUGGCACGUAUCGCAGUAGCUAUAAGCGGCUGAGUUCUAGUCGGACUUGGUUGUGA